AUGGCAGAAACUUUAACCCGAAAUGAGUCAGACCUGACAGACCCCGAUCCCGACGACAUCUUCUCCUCCGCCGUCCUCGCCGCCAAUUAUUCCGACGACGACGAAUCCACCGAAAGAAUCGAGGAAGAAGAAAAUGACCAAGACGACGAGGACGAUUUCGGCGGCUUACUUGAUAGAUCCUUUGUCGAGUCAGGAAAUGAUGCUCUUUCGUGA